GGACGCCUGACGGAACUGUUUGAGGAUGCGGAUCACUUCAGGAAAUCAGAUCUGGUUUUAAGUCAGUCCUGCAAGCAAAUGACCUUAGCUGCAGCCGUAGAGAAAGAUGCCUCCCGACUAAAUUCUAUAAUUUUCAGCACAAUAAGCAAUGACAUUACACUAGCCGAACAACAAUUCACAAAGCUAAAGUCAUGGAUUGUAGACUUACCAGAAGGAAAGUGUAAGCAUGAACUUCAGAUGAUGCUGUUCCCUUUGCUUUGCCACCUGUAUUUGGAAAUACUAAGAGGAGGACUAGACCGACAAGCAACUUCAAAAUUCUUGAAACGUCACCAAGAACUUUUCUUAGCUAAUGAAAACUACAGAGACAUUAUUGAAGAACUAUCAACAGUAUUUACCACUCAAGAUAUUGAUAGCAAACCAUUGAUUAAAGCAUUUAGGUCAUGUAAGUAUCAAAUGAAAAUCAGCACUACUACCAUGGCAGCUCUAAAAAAAUAUUUGGCAACACAGAGCCACGUGAUUCUUCUACAGGUGCUCCAGACCUGGUUUGAUAUUGAGGUACAAACAAGUGAGAGUGUUUUGGAAAGUGACGAUGAUAUGGCUGAUAUCAGUUCUGAUGAGAACGCAGACUACCUGGAGUCGCUGUAUCAACAGUCUCAUGACGACAAAGAGAUGCGACAUUUACAAGAAGCUAUCAAACUAGUGAGGGCGAGUCCUACUCCACCUCCUCCCCUACUGCUGUACACACUCAACAACUCCGAGAGUGCGUGUUGCGCCAGGGUGUCCAGGUCAGGCAAACUGAUGGCCACUGGCUACUCAUCUUCUCUACUCAAGUUGUGGACAUUGUCAGAGUCCAAGAUCAACCCUGGGUCCACCCACUAUUCAACUGUUCCUUUGGCCACCAACACUCCUCCUCAAGACCACUUUGUCCAAGAGCAGAGAUGGAGCAGUCUGAGAGGACAUUGUGGUCCAGUCCAAGGAGUUGAGUUCCUUCAUGAUGCCGAUGUCUUACUAUCAGUGUCACACGACUCAUCGAUGAGAGCUUGGAAACUCUCUGACUACUCCUGCGCUGCUAUUUACAGAGGUCACAACUAUGCAGUGUGGUGUGUAGCUGUCAGUUCGCUGGGAGUGUAUAUUGCCACUGGAUCACAUGAUCGCACAGCCAGACUGUGGAGCCUUGAUAGGACUUAUCCCCUCAGGAUGUUUGCUGGCCAUUGUCAAGAUGUCAAUUGUGUCCAGUUCCACCCCAACAGCAGUUAUGUGGCUACAGGCUCUGCGGAUCGCUCUGUAAGGCUGUGGUCUGUCACUGAUGGCAGUCUAGUCAGGGUCUACGGAGGUCACUCUGGAAGUGUUCUCACUCUAGCCUUCAGUCCCAACGGCCAACAUCUCGCGUCUGCAGGGGAGGACAAGAAGGUGAAAGUGUGGGAUCUGGCAUCUGGAGGAGUGUUGGCUGAGUUGAGAGGUCACUCCCAGCCUGUGACAGCUCUGGACUGGAGCAAAGACAACAACAUCCUCAAGUCUGUCCCACUAGACAUGUCUGUUUGGGAGGACAAGAAGGUGAAAGUGUGGGAUCUGGCAUCUGGAGGAGUGUUGGCUGAGUUGAGAGGUCACUCCCAGCCUGUGACAGCUCUGGACUGGAGCAAAGACAGCAACAUCCUCGCAUCUGCCUCAUUGGACGGCUCUGUCAUAUUGUGGAACUCUUCUUUGCACUUUAAACCCGUUCAAAGUGAGAACGCUGAGCCACCAGCCAAGUACUCGACUAUUUGUUCGUCAAUAUUGAAUCUACAAUGUCUUCCAAGGGGUAACCUAGUGGCAGUAGGUACACAGUGA